AAUUGAUCCAACAAGCAAUGAUGUAGUAAGCGAUCACCGAUCACCGUGGUGCAGAGCGGGAGGCAGCGGGGAGAAGGGUCUUCUAGAAGACCCGAGUUCAAGUCCCACCACUGAAGCAGGGAGGCUAUUAUGUCCCCAAGCAGUUUGAGGAGCGCAAAGACAGAGCAGCUGCCAAUCCACACUGGACAGCCCUCUUCCAGGGAAAUCACAGACCCGGCCCAAGUUCUUCCAACCCAAACAUGGAGCAAAUCAGUCUUCUCCAGGAGCUCCCAUUCUGAGGGGCAGCAGUCCAGAUGAGAGGGAGCAGAGGGGAGGAAACAGCAUUGACCAAGCACCUACCGAGUUUCCCAGAGAGUUUCUCAUCUGUUCCCAGAGGAGGCACCGAAGCCUGCAGAGAAACAGGCUGGAGCUCCAGAUAUCCGGGACAGCCUGGGCAAAGGCAUGGAGAUGGGAGAUGCAAAGGGGAUCAGCAAGGCCAGCUUGACUGGGCCACAGAAUUGGAGAAACGGAGGCACCACAAGUCCAGGGAGUUCUGCUGACACAGAUGCAACCCUAGUGGGUCCUGAGAGAGGGUCUGCUGGUCUACCAGCCCCAGCCCAUGCUUUAAGACCCUCCAGAGCUGGCAUCUUCCUUCCGUGGCCUCUAAGAACGCCUUCAGGACACAGCCAGAAGAGACCAUCCAAAAAUAACUGUCCUAAAGCCAGUCCUGCCAUUAUCGGCCUCAUUUUCCAAAGGAAUAAACUAAGGAUCAGAGAGGGGAAGGAGCACGCUGAAGAUCACUACUGGGACUUCCACCCCCAUCACAUGCACAAUGAGUUUGAAAACUUCCCGGAGAACCACUUCACGGAGCUCCAGAGCGUCCAGCCCCCCCAGCUGCAGCAGCUUUACCGCCACAUGGAACUGGAGCAGAUGCACGUGCUGGACACCCCCAUGACCACCGCCCACGGCAGCAUCAGCCACCAGGUCCCCUCACUGGCCCCUCUGCAUUCCUCCCAGGUCUCGUACAUGCCCUGUAUGUGUCUUCAGUACACCUCUCCCACCCAGCCCAGCUCCGACGAGGAGGAAGGCGAGCGGCAGAGCCCCCCGCUGGAAGUGUCGGACGGGGAGACCGAGGUCCUGGAGCCCGGCCCGGGGAUGCUGCACGGAGAGACAGGCAGCAAAAAGAAGAUCCGCCUCUACCAGUUCCUCCUGGACCUCCUGCGCAGCGGGGACAUGAAGGACAGCAUCUGGUGGGUAGACAAGGACAAAGGCACUUUCCAGUUCUCCUCCAAGCACAAGGAGGCCCUGGCCCAUCGCUGGGGCAUCCAGAAGGGCAACCGCAAAAAGAUGACGUACCAGAAGAUGGCCCGGGCCCUCCGGAACUACGGCAAGACGGGCGAAGUCAAGAAGGUGAAGAAGAAGCUCACCUACCAGUUCAGCGGGGAGGUGCUGGGACGGGGGACCCUGGUGGACCGGAGGCACCAAGCCCACUGAGCGCCCGCCAGCCUGCCUGCCCACCCCACGCCGGGCCCCUGCCUCCGGGGGCCAGGAGGGAAGGGCGGCGUAGCGGGCACGGUGCCAGGGCAGGAGGCCAGGCCCCGCGCCGACCUGCUGCAUUAGCUUCCCCACUGCCUGUAGCAUUAAUCCCACGUCCGGGACGCAUGUACAGAUGGAAUAACGGUCCUGGCGGGUGACGGACCUCUGCCCUCCCCUCCUCUGAGAUCUCCAGCUGCCUCCUUCCUAGCUUGUCUUCCUCCCCUUUCACUCAGGGAUCUCCCCUUAGUCAGCCCAGAACCUCGGGGGGAUGCGCACCCGCCAGGCUGCCUCGCCUCCUCCGGAACUGCCUGAACAUCCAGUUUGUGCCCGUGGAAUCCUCUGUUGACUGGCCCUCGGGGACCUCCCUUCCAGCGAGGCCUCUGUGCAAAGCAGAGUCAUUUCCCAGAAGGCACCGCUGCUCCGUAGUUCAUCAUCCCGAGGUGCCUCCAGGGCUCCUCUCUAGGGAAGCCCGGCCUCAUCCGCCUGCCUCGGUCAUCCGGACGCUCACAGAGGGCCAGACGGGGCCCUAAAGCCCCCGCACUUUAGUAGCCGAGCCCCUCCGGCCCCCUCCACCACAGCUCUAAGGUUCAGGCAGGGCCGAUGACCGAAAACGGGGGAGGAAGGAGCAGAGAGCAGAACUCCAUGAGAAAGCAGAUCCCAGGAUCCCCGGUGGCCAGAGGCGCGGGCCGGGGCGCCGGCCUGCUUCCCCCGCUGCUCCUGACGUACCGUGUAUCAUAGCCCCGAGAUCCUUUCCCGUGAUGACCCCGAGCGGCCGAGAAAUGCGGUCCUCACCGCCCGUCUUCUCCAUUUCGGGACGCGUGUAAGAAAAGCGCUUCGGCCAUUGGGCCGUUGGAAAUGGCUGGAAUAAAAUGAUUGUUGAUGAUCCCUGUCUAACUCGAUGGAAUUGCUUGUCAGCUUCAGGGGGGAGGAGGCAAGAGGGGGGAAGAACAUAAAUCAUGUAACCGUGGGAAAAUAUUCUCAAUAAAAUAAAGGAAGAAAAUGAUUGUUGGA